GAAGGGGAAGAAACUGUCAGGUAAGGGUCAAGCUCCGGCACCAUCGAUAUGGUCAGGCGAGUGCUUUGAGGUGGCCGUGAAGAGACUGGCGAAGCUGAAGAAGGCGAUGAAAGAGGCUUCUUUCCAAGGGGGAGAAACUAUAUCCCAAUUCCCAAAUAAGGCUUCUUUCGAGCUACGGAACCAAGAUGAAUCCGCAAACAAGACCUAAGUGUAUUGGUUAUGUGAACGAAGUUCGCACAAGGCUGCCCUUUGGGCCGGUGCAGCAUAUCUCGAAUUGCACCCGGUUUAGACAAAUUUGAGGGCCCAAUAUUCUCUAUGAAGAAGUGAUAACCCAAUAUUCUAGAAGAACACUCCAGGCCCGAGCUGCCAUGCGCCCUUGCUACUGCUAAGUGAAGACGACUGCAAAACGGAGAGACUCAGGGACGGCCGGCCGGACCGAGGGAGGGAGGAGGCCAAACGAUUAAGGAUUCAUCGACACGGCGGCGAUUCUUAUUUCAGAUUUUCCCCAUUUCUGAGCCCGCUAUUCUCCAGGAAGAAAGGUAACAAAGAAGAUGUGGCAAAGUUUUGACUACGUUUUUCAUUUCCUCAAAUUAUGAUGCGCCAGCAGUUGAUAGUCUUCAGUCGUAAGGUGUUAUCAAAUUCUUCUGUUUUAACACAGAGAAAAUAUGCUGAAGUGGCGUACCCUUUGAACACGUUCAACUCUAUAAGCAACAAUGGGUUUAUUACAUAUAGAGAAUUUGUACACACCUCUACACGCAUUCGAAAGGAAUGGGAUCCGAAUGAUCCAGCUACCUUGAUGAAGGAGGAUGGGGUCUCAGUUUGUACCAAAAUGUGGAUUGAGAGUUUCCGUGAACCAGAAAAAACAGUGACUAAUCUCACUGAUUAUUUGAGGAGGUUUGAGCUGUGGGUUUUGGCGUACCAGAAAGUUUGCGCAGAUGACAUUGGAGCAUAUAUGCCCCGAAGCUCAAUAACUAGGUCAGCUCUUGAGGAUUUGUUGGGAUUGAGGAAUGCUGUUCUCGAUAAUAGGUUUAGGUGGGGGGCUAGGUUGGAAUUUUUUAUUAAAUCUCCUAGAGAUAAGACCGAGUACGAAUCAUUAUCGAAGAGAAAGAUCAAGGCUAUCCUUACUACCACACAGCCAUCCCCUUUUCAGGACAAAAUAGUUCAAGAGGUGCUGUUUCUGAUUUUGGAGCCAAUUUAUGAGGCCCGUUUUUCUGAAAAGUCAUUUGCAUUUAGACCGGGAAGGACUGCGCAUACUGUUCUGAGAGUGAUUCGAAGGAGUUUUGCAGGCUACCUGUGGUACAUGAAGGGUGACUUGAGUACAGUGUUAGAUGGAAUGAAGGCUGGACUAGUGAUUGGUGCUUUGAUGAGGGAUGUUAGGGACAGGAAAGUGAUUGAUUUAAUUAAGUCCGCUUUAACCACUCCAGUGAUCACUAGUAGGCCUGACGAUGGGGAGAAGAAGAAAAAGAAGAAGAGGAAGUACCAAAAGAAGAGAGUUCUAGCCGAGGAUGAACCAAAACCUGAUCCAUACUGGCUAGACACCUUCUUUGGGUUUGCACCGGAAGAAGCUGAAAAACUCCCUUCCUGGGGUCACUGUGGUAUAUUGAGUCCACUUUUGGCAAACAUUUGUCUUGACGAACUAGACCGAUGGAUGGAAGGCAAGGUGAAGGAAUUCUAUCGUCCUUCAAAGAGUGAUGUCAUUUGGAAUAGUCCAGAAGGGGAAGUUGAGCAGGGAAAUACUUCAUGGCCAGAAUUCGUUCCUACCAGCGGGCCAGAUAAGACUAGGAAAAUGGACUAUAUCCGUUUUGGUGGUCACAUUCUGAUUGGAGUGAGGGGUCCUAGGGCAGAUGCAGCUACUCUUAGAAAGCAGUUGAUUGAGUUCUGUGAUCAGAAAUAUAUGCUUAAGCUUGACAACGAGAGCCUUCCUAUCGAACACAUAACUAAAGGUAUUAUGUUUCUUGAUCACAUCUUGUGUCGUCGAGUUGUUUAUCCCACUCUACGGUAUACUGCCACAGGUGGCAAAAUAAUCAGUGAAAAAGGUGUGGGGACCCUUCUCUCCGUCACGGCUAGCCUGAAGCAGUGCAUUAAACAGUUUAGAAAACUCAGCUUCCUUAAGGGAGAUAGAGACCCGGACCCACAGCCAUGCUUUAGAAUGUUUCAUGCUACUCAAGCGCAUACAAAUGCGCAGAUGAACAAGUUGUUGGCUACAAUGGUUGAAUGGUAUAGAUAUGCCGACAAUAGAAAAAAGGUUGUCAACUUUUGCGCAUAUAUUAUAAGGGGUUCCCUUGCAAAGCUCUAUGCUGCAAAAUAUAAGCUUCGGUCACGAGCUAAGGUUUACAAAAUUGGUUCUAGAGAUCUUCGCCGUCCUCUAAAGGAGAAAAAGGGACAGUCUCCAGAAUAUCAACAUUUACUUAGAAUGGGUUUGGUGGAGUCAAUUGAUGGGUUAUUGUAUACCCGCAUGUCCCUUGUGCCAGAAACUGAUUACACCCCAUUUCCUGUUGGGUGGAGGCCUGAUCAUGAGAAGGCAUUGAUUGAGUAUAUAAUGCUUGAUGACUCAAGAGUGUUGGAUGAGCAGCGACGCUGCUUAAAAGAGCAAGGACUGAUUUCACCUCAGGACUACAUUUCAAUGCUUGUUUGGAACUACAAAAGAAAUGGUUUAGCUUUGGAUUUGCGGCCUUCAACAGUAAACACAGCGGCCAAGAAAGAUUUGAUGUUGGGUACUGGUGAUGUAAAUGAGUUUGGAAAAGAUGGAAGCAAUGAAGAUGAAGAUGUUAGUGCUGCACAAAUGGUCUGCUAGCCAGUCGGGCACUGUAUAACAUGCAAUCCGUUGUAACCCUUCGGAAUUCACAACAUCAAACUGCAGCAAGCAAGCUUCUAUAGGACAGGGCUUACUAAACGAUAUGCAUUAGGAGUUUUGCCCAUAGGAUUGAGUUUGUGUCUUGACAAACUCUUCAACAAAUCAUAUGGUUCAGAGAGAGUUAAGAUUGACAUGGUAAACUGGCUGCACAUGUUGGGAUAAUCAAAUGCAUUAUCAUCUUCUGGAAAAUAAAUAGAGCAUUACAUGGCCAUGGUAUUUGCUGCACGGAUGGGGGCCGUUUGGACGCAUUCGGGAUGCAUAACUGCAUAAGCUUCACAGGAAGUGAGCUUUAACUUAUUUCAACUCCUUGUCUAUACAAACACAGAGACCAUGGUAAUGCCUGGGGAGUUAUUGUGUGUUGUAACACUAAUGCCAGUCUUAUGUAGUGUGACGUGGAUUCCUGAUGAAACUGGCUCUCACUUAUAU